AUGCUGCCUUAUCGCUCUCUUCUGAUUCGCUUGUUUCUUCCCCAACUCUGCGUCAUACAACGCCGGCAUCGUCGACUGGGCUCUGGCGCGGGUGUGGGUGGAAACGGGGAUGGUCGUUGUGGGUUCUUGGAGGUUCAGCAAAGAACUGAGUCGGAGCCAUGUCAAGACAUAGCUGACUUCUCCAUGGUUUGCGGGGUAAAGCCAGGUGAGUACCUACCUCUGCCCAGCCGUCGGUAUCCAUCGCUUGUCCAAAGUUCGACGUCACGAAUGUCUAUGGAUAUUACUCGUUUCUCCCUUGCGACGGCGCAUCUCGCAGCUCGACAGCAUCGGGCCAAGGAUACGCAUAGUAUUGCUGCCGCGUACGAAAUGGGGGCACGAACAUUGGCGGGCCGCACACGCUUCCUUUCUAUGCAAGUUUCGAUAUUGAUCCGUUGGCCAAGUUACGGCAACCUCUAA